CAUGUGUUCCAUUGGCAAAUGACAGAACAAAGAUCUUUUCUUUUUCUCUCCCUGUGUCAGGAACUUACCUCUUUGAAGUUAUAAUAUUCGUAUUAUAUAAAUUAAUCAAAGAAAAUUAUUUCAUCAUCGUCGUCAUCUUCUUCAUCUUGUAGAAGUGAAGCUUGUCAAGGUGAAAAGUUUAAUGGCUUUGACUUCGUGCCUAAACACUGGAGUAGUUCCGAUGUCUCCGACCACCGGAUGUAAUCUUUCCGGCAGUCUUGUGAAGUUGGACAAUGGCUUCUCCGUUCCGGGAAAGUUACAGAGCGUUCGAAAAAGUGGUAGAGAGAGGUUGAGAGUCCAAGCGGUUUUCAGCUUUCCUCCGGCGUUUCUAACGAGAAACGGUCGAGCGGAGAAGCAGAAGCAGCUGAAGCAAGAUCUUCUCGAAGCCAUUGAGCCUCUCGAACGUGGCGCCAUCGCUUCUCCUGAUGACCAGCUUCGGAUUGAUCAGUUGGCGCGUAAAGUGGAAGCAGUGAAUCCAACCAAGGAGCCUUUGAAAUCUGAUUUGCUCAAUGGGAAAUGGGAGCUCAUUUACACAACCUCUGCUUCUAUUCUUCAGGCUAAGAAACCAAAGUUCUUGAGAUCGAUAACAAACUACCAGUCUAUCAAUGUGGAUACACUCAAGGUUCAAAACAUGGAGACUUGGCCUUUCUUCAACUCGGUAACUGGAGACAUAAGACCCCUCAAUUCAAGGAAGGUCGCUGUGCAGCUCAAAGUGUUUAAAAUUCUCGGCUUUAUUCCUGUAAAUGCACCUGAUACCGCACGUGGUGAACUAGAGAUUACCUAUGUGGACGAGGAACUACGGCUAUCAAGGGGUGACAAGGGAAACUUGUUUAUAUUGAAGAUGUUUGAUCCCACUUACCGAAUCCCUCUCUGAAGCCAAAAUGGUUCCAAGCCCAUCAUACAAACAUACAUACCCCACCCCACAUCGCUUGUUCUGUUUCUCUUCAUCAUCAUAUGUAUAGAUGAAUGUUUAUUCUUCUACAAACAUAAAGUCUAAUAAGAGCUAAAAAGAAAAGAAAGGAAAAGAGACGAGCUCUUGUCUCAAUUUUAA